UCUUUGUUAUUGUCAUCCCCUUUUUGCGCAAUAUUAUUACCAGUCGGUCAUCCAUUCGGUACGCAUCGUGAAGUGUAGCAAAAUGGCACAAAAUGUGCCCUUUUCGAAACAAAUGCGCCUAGCCACGAGAGACAUUCACAGUGUAAGCGACGCACUUGUUAACGCAAAGUUAGCAUUCGCCCUUUACGAUAACCGUGUUUGGGCGGAAGGUUUGCUCAUCUUCUACGACGUCUUCAAACAUCUCGAACAACGUGUCCCGCACGAUUUUCUACCUCCGGAACUACAUCGAACGGCACAGUUCGAACAAGAUUUACGCUUCUAUCUCGGCGAUGGAUGGUCCGAACGGCACACCCCAAAGCCUGAAGUGUGUGCCUAUUUGAACCAUUUGUCGGAAAUCGAACAGGAAAAUGCAAACCUGCUGCUGGCAUACGUGUACCAUCUCUACAUGGGUCUUCUGUCUGGUGGGCAAAUAUUACAAAAGCGCCGCUCAUUGGGACGUCGGUUUAAUCCAUUCCGACGGGCAGAUGAACGCUCGAUUGAUGGUGCGGCUCUUACUACGUUCGAGGAUAACAGUAUUAACGGAUUGAAGCAACGUUUACGCAAAAUUGUUGACGAGUUUGGUGCCCGUUUAGAUGAGGAAACGCACCAGCGAAUGUUGGACGAAAGCCGGAAAGUGUUCGAGCUGAACAAUACCAUCAUCCGGACGGUAGAGGGCGUCGGUUCAGCAAACGUGCGUAUCGUUGCGUACGUUGCUAUGGCAAUCGCCGGCAUCGUGUUGAUGCAGUACAUUCUACGAAACAACGCUGAGAGCAGACAAGACCCAUAGAGCAUGUACGGGGGUAUGUGUGAUUAUAGUUUUAACAAAUUUUGAAUUAAACAAUUUAACGAUCAAUUUCGGAAUUGUUAACACACAAACAGGCAACGAAUGGAAUUAGUUUUGUUUUUUUCUUUCCGAUUAAUAUUUUUCAUCUAAUAUAGCGAUUACCACACUGACACGGAGCCAGCCAAUCGGUACCCGCUUAGGAAUUAUAACAUCGAAAUAGACUCUAGAAAGAGGUACCGGUUCGGACGGUUCGCGAACCCUCCUUUUGUGCGCUGCCACUCAUAUCAUAACCCGAAGUAAUAGCACCCAAACAUUUUGCGAUUAUUGUUAUAGUAAUAUCGAAACCCUCGCUCCUAAUAGUGGUCAACAUGAAGCGCGUGGUACUGGUCCUGCAAAGGAGAACUAUUGCAGUCCUGUUUCCCGACUCGCGUUGCCCUAUCUUCUACACAAGUAGUACCAU